AUGCCUCAACCUCUGUUCAGCAAAGGAAGCUCCACCGUCAAGUUCCCGGUCAAGUCCAUUAAAUAUCAUGGCUCGGACGAAGAAACUACGAUGGCCGAAGAGAUCGCAACUGAUCCCGCAAUCAGUCUGAUGCUGUCCUCGGCAUUCAUCAAGCUCCGGCAGGGUGCCUCCACCGACCAGGGCCGCAGUCGCUCAUUCUGGAACAUCACAUUCCAUGUGAACGAAGUUACCAUUGUGUCACUUGAGACGAAGGAGAACGAGCUGGUGUACACCUUCAAGUCCAACCUCGGUCUGGUGGGCGAAGCCGACACUGAAAAGGCAGGCAAUCUACCACAGGCAUCUACAUACCCACUGGCAGCAGCGCCCUUGCUGAAUAAGGUUGUUGUGAUCGCCCUGGGUUUGCCCAGUGCCAAGCUAUGGGCAAAGCAAUCUGAGUUGGUCUGCCAGGCCCUUCGCGGCGACAGAUUCACGCUUUCCGAAGCGGAGACUGCCUAUAUAACUCUCAAUCGUGAUGCUAUCAACAACGAGGCUGAGGAAGAGCAUAAGUCCCUCGGUGUUCGUGGCUGCCUAGUCAAGAGUGUUGCAGUUGCGGACCGAAUUCUCUUGGGGAUAUGGCCCAAGGAAGAACGUCCGUUUCGCCUGUACAGAGGGUGCACUCUAGUACUCCGUGGCGAGGAAUGGUUUAACCAAGAAAAGGCCAAGGACUAUCAUAUUCCUGGCGAGAAGGGCGCCCCGGAGGACUGGAUGGCAUCAGUGACCGAGACCUCCCCUAAGUGGACAGGCUUGAUUGAUGCCCCAGUCCAUGCCGUCCUCCUCAAUCAAGUGGAUAUCAAGUUCAUCGGUCAAAUCGAGGAGGACGACGUUAAGGUCCAUCAGGUGGCCAACCCGAUGGUGCAGAUGCAGAUGCUGAGCGCCACCAGAAAGCUCUCUGAGCACUGGGGGGAGGAAAGCUUCGAUGCCAUGUGUCGUGAGUUCGAGAACCAAGAGGCGACAAUCCCCAGCGAGAGCAACAAGAAGCUUCCGCUGAGGUCCAUGUUCCUUGCUUCGACCCCCCGGGUCAAUACCCACGACCCAUGGGACACCUCGCUCACUGAUCUCAACUCCCUGGUGCCAGAGAGCUGGGGUCUGAAUGAGGCAGAGACCAAAGCAGCUACUCAGCUGCUGACGCAUUCCUUCUCCCUGGUGGUUGGGCCUCCAGGCACUGGUAAAACAAGGACAAUUGCCGCAGCAGCUAUGCUCGUCACCCAGAUCCUCGCCCGUGGGUCGGUCGGACAGGUCAAAUUGGCCGUCCUAGUCCCGACCCACGCAGCAGGAGCCGCUGUGAUGAACCAAUUGUGCACUGCAUUCGACCACGAGAAGUACCGCAUGGACAUGCUUGUACGCCUGCGUGGCAGAGCAGACUCCGAGGCCCGGCUUUUUGCCGCCGUCACUGAGCCCAGCGACGAUGUUGAGCGAAUGAUUGCUUGUGCAAAGAAGGCGCCUGGCAAAUACCGCGAGUUCCUUGCCGGCAUUCAGGAUAUUAAAGCCUCGGGCCGGGUGAAGAGGAAGUUUAAGGAGUUCAACCACCAGCGCCAGGAACUCAUCAGGAACAUCAUGAAAGAUGUUCAGAUCGUGGUAACCUUGCCGCUGAACGUGCGGGAGAUGGUUCGGCGCGAGUUCAACCCCGAAUUCGUCAUCUUUGAUGAGGCGAGCUUUUUCCGAGACCCUGAAAUUUUUUACAUCCUGGGUCAAUUGAAGAUUGAUGCUCGCGUACUCUUUGUCGGGGACCACAGGCAAUUGUCGCCUCCUGUCUUUACUCGCCAGGGUGAGAUGGCAUGGGCGAUAUCCGCCUUCGAACGUCUGAUCAACAAAAAGUAUCAUCAGACGUUGCUGAACGUGUCGUACAGGUCCCACACGAUCCUGUACCAACCGACCUCGGUCGCCUACUACGACGGCCAGGUUCAAGCCUUGUACGCUGCGCCCCGUGUCAACGUCGGGAUCAACCCGCGAAACCCCUUGGUUGUCCGACAGGGCAACAGAACCUGGACUCUGCCAGGCUUGUCGCACUUCCUUCACCUGGCACACGUUGAAGGUGAUACGAAGAAGGAUCCGUCGGGAUCCUUAUCCCACUCCAUGGAAGCCGAAGUUGGGGUCGCCCUGGCCCGAAGCCUCGUCGAUAGAGGUUGCCAGGAAAUUCUAAUUAUGUCCCCAUACCGGGCUCAAGUGGCCCUGGUAAAGAAGCUUUGGGAGCAGAGGCAUCCCGAUGCUGCGCCCUGCCCCAGGGUCCAAACUGUUGACGCUUCCCAAGGGUCGGAGGCGCAGGCCGUGAUUGUCCUAAUCACGCGCAAUUCGGGCUCGGCCGGCUUCCUCCAGUCCGUGAAGCGGACGAACGUAAUGUUGUCAAGGGCACGCACCGUCCAGUACGUGGUUGGCAACUGGGACUGGGUAGGCGGGCGCAGCUUUACAAUGGAUGCCGGCAAAUUAUACCGGUACGUCGACGUGGCCGGUCGCUCUCUGGGCAAGCGGGCCAAAUAUUAUACUGUCAACCCAAAAGUGGGGCAGUAA